ACACACUUUCAAGCAUCUCAUAACUCCAACCAGUAGCCACCGCCUUGCUCCUCCGUUCACCGGCGUUUUCCGGUAAUUUCACCGAUUCUUUUGGAUGUGUAACAAGCAUGAAGAUAAUUGGCUAUAGUUAUAUACCAAAAUCAAGUAUAUUGAUGAUGCACCACGAGAUAUCGUCCCUUACGUUUUGCAAGCCCCUAACAACUGCUGCCUCAACAUUUUUGGUUUCAAGUCAUUACAAAACAAGAAUGGAUUUCGUUAAAAAAUUGCGGUGCUCCAUUACGAGUAGAUCUUAUACGUCUAACUCAGUAGGUUCGUCUACUUCCAAGUCAGACUCUCCCCGUACGAGUCGAAAACAAGGAGGAGCGUCAUCAUUAUAUGGCCGUGCUAGCUUGCUAGAAAUGAAGAAUGAGAGGAUUGCAAAUCGAGCCCGUGUUUAUGAUUUUUUAAGAGGUAUUGGCAUUGAACCAGAUGAGCUUGAUGGUUUGGAGCUUCCUGUGACAGUUGACGUUAUGAAGGAGCGUGUGGAUUUUCUUCACACUCUUGGCUUAACAAUUGAAGACAUAAACAAUUAUCCUCUUGUUCUUGGUUGUAGUGUGAAGAAAAAUAUGAUCCCUGUCCUUGAUUAUUUGGGAAGAUUGGGUGUUAAGAGAUCUACUUUGACGGACUUUUUGAGGCGAUACCCUCAGGUUCUUCAUGCUAGUGUUGUCGUGGACCUAGCACCCGUUGUUAAGUAUCUCGAGGGCAUGGACAUUAAACCAGUUGACAUUCCUCGGGUUCUUGAAAAGUAUCCAGAGGUAUUGGGAUAUAAACUUGAGGGUACAAUGAGCACAUCUGUGGCUUAUUUAGUUGGGAUUGGAGUUGCAAGAAGAGAAAUUGGCGGGCUUUUGACUAGAUAUCCAGAAGUUUUAGGAAUGAGAGUUGGGAGAGUGAUCAAACCCUUUGUUGAAUAUCUUGAAAGUUUGGGAAUCCCAUCACUAGCUGUGGCCCGAUUGAUAGAAAAACGACCACAAAUACUUGGGUUCGGAUUACAAGAUAAGGUUAAACCAAAUGUUAAGUUUUUAAUGGAAUUUGGUGUGCGAGAGGCAUCUAUUUCGUCUGUAAUUGCACAAUAUCCUGAAAUUCUAGGACUGGACCUUGGCCCAAGGUUAGAAAAACAGCAUAAUUUCCUCAACUCUGAAAUUGGUUUUAGUCGUGAAGAUUUCGGGAAAGCUAUAGAGAAAAUGCCACAGAUAGUAAGUUUGACUAACACACCAAUUGUGAAGCAUGUAGACUUUCUGAAAACUUGUGGAUUCUCAUUGGAUCAAGUGAAGAAGAUGGCUGUCGGGUGUCCACAAUUACUUGCUUUGAAUAUGGACAUAAUGAAACUCAAUUUUGAUUAUUUCCAAAGCAAGAUGGGGCGGGAGUUGGACGAGUUGGUUGAGUUUCCAGCCUUUUUCACUUACGGUUUGGAGUCAACCAUAAGACCAAGGCACCGGAUGAUUGCCAAGAAGGGACUUAAAUGUUCACUUGCAUGGCUGCUUAACUGUUCUGAUUCAAAAUUUGAACAGAGGAUGAAUUAUGACACGAUAGAUAUGGAGGAAAUGGAAGAUGAUUCAUCAUUUAAUAUGAACACUUUGAUGGAACCCAGAAAUGACCAAUCAGAUUCUGAUUAUGAUGAGGACAGUGAUGAAGAGUACUUGUAGGGCCCGUAAAAAUGGAACCUUUAUGAGUGAACUGUUAUUAGAUUAGCUAAUAUGACCUUUAUUAGAUCAUUUAAGUUUUGUUUCUCAUGUAUCAGCAUUUUAUAAUUGAUAUAGAAAGAAUGAGUCUAAAGGAGGAUGAAGAAGUUGCGAUUUGCACUCGUUUAUGUAUAUGAUGUUGUUCGAUGUUCGUGAAUGCUUAUCAGUAAGUUUAUUUGUAACAAGAUGAAAAUGAAGUAAUGUUAUCAUUCUAUUUA